GUGUCAACGGAGUGAACGUUAGAAGCUCCGGUGAAACCCGGUGUUACCCGGUGGUGCUGCCUUUACCGGACCUUUUACUGGUCUACAAUGUCAAAACCGAAGUUUCAGUUAGAGUGGGAGGAAAUCGACGCGGAAUACCAACAGCUGCAGGAAAGUCACAAAAUAUACAGACAAAAACUGGAGGAGCUGACCAACCUUCAGGCCACAUGCAGCAACGCCAUCAGCAAACAGAGGAAAUGUCUAAAAGAUUUAGGAUAUAGCUUGAACAAGUGUGCAAAGACAUGUGACGCUAAAGACCUGAAGCUAAUAACAGACAUCCAAACACAAGUCAAAGACAAAGAAAAUGUCUUCUUUGAUAUGGAAGCAUAUUUACCAAAGAAAAACGGUCUGUAUCUGAAUUUGGUUCUGGGUAACGUCAACGUAACGCUUCUCAGCAACCAGGCAAAAUUUGCAUACAAAGAUGAAUAUGAGAAGUUUAAACUUUAUAUGACAAUAAUCCUGAUGUUUGGAGCCAUUACCUGCCUCUUCUUUUUAAAUUGCCGGGUCACUGAUGAAAUCUUCAAUUUUUUGUUGGUGUGGUACUACUGCACAUUGACCAUAAGGGAAAGCAUCCUGAUGAGCAAUGGCUCCAGGAUUAAAGGCUGGUGGGUUUCUCACCAUUAUGUCUCCACCUUCCUUUCAGGUGUCAUGCUUACCUGGCCAGAGGGACCCAUGUAUCAGAAGUUCAGGAGCCAGUUUCUUGCUUUUUCCAUCUAUCAGAGCUUUGUUCAGUUCCUCCAGUAUUAUUAUCAGAGCGGCUGCUUAUACCGUCUCAGAGCCUUGGGAGAGCGGAACCAGCUGGACCUCACUGUGGAGGGGUUUCAGUCCUGGAUGUGGAGAGGACUCACUUUUCUUUUGCCAUUCCUCUUUUUUGGCCACUUCUGGCAGCUCUACAACUCUGUGACCUUAUUCCACUUGGCAGGACAUGAGGACUGUAAGGAGUGGCAGGUCUUUAUGCUGGCGCUGACAUUUCUCGUCUUGUUCCUGGGAAAUUUUCUCACCACGUUAAAGGUCGUACACCAAAAAAUCCAGAAAAACAAGGAAAAAGUGCAGAAGACUGACUGAGACGCACCUUUAAUAAAGGCCAGUAACUUUGCUGAACACAGUAGUUUGAUGGACUGACAUGUGAUCAGGCCAAGACAUUAAAGUGAACCCACUGCAGAGCACGGCGGCGGUGGUGACGGCGGUGUCCUUCCAAACACACCUUCGCUUCCUCAUGAUACUGAUGUUGGAAAUCAGCUCAAAGUGGCGUCUGCCUGAUACAUGAACAGUUUGAUGUUUUACUGUGUACAUAAAGAGUGGGAAGGAUGUUGUAAUCGGUGUCAGUGCAUGGAUCAGUCCGAGAACCUCUGUUCGAAUCAUAUGCAACUAAAAGACUGAAGGUCGUGUUGUUUCAGAACAGUUUGCCUUCGACGACCCAAGUCUGUCACAUACAUACUUCAUACUUCUGUGAAGUAGGAAAUUUACCACUGUCUCUGGCUCCAACAAAACUGAUUGAAUAUUCACUUCUGAAUUAGAUUCAUUUUGUUUCUGUGUAGUUGUUUCUCCAUUGCUGUUUCUUACUUAACCAGUGUGUUUACUAGACUUUUGUUCUUGCGAAUGACAAAUGUAGGUCAGUAACUUUGAAAUACAUAAAGUAGAUGAUACUUGAAUGCCCAGUACUUGGGAUUUCAGAGCUCUGCUGCAGGUGCAGUUCUGCUUUCAUGAUAAAAACUCAAAUUAUUGGGACAAUAAAAGCGUUUGUUGGUGCAGGUGACGGUUAAAGCCAAAACUACAAAGAAAUGCUGUAGUCUGACCUUAAUCCACUGGGUUAACGUGUAAACUUGAACUAUCUCUAAGGGUUAAAGGGUGUUUGCUUCAUAGCUGUUAGACUUUUAUGUUGUACUAAUGCUAACGAAAAAUGGAUAAUAUACCUAUUUAACAUUUCAUUAAUAAAAAUGAUUAGAACUAGUUUAAAACUUGAA